AUGCAUCCCCCUGCCACCACCACCAAGUCCUGCCCCACCGCCCUCGCCCCAGAGAUCACCACCCUCGCCCCCUUCCCGCCCGAGGUCACAAACCUCAUCUUCACCCACCUCCUCCACUCCACCAUCUGCUGCAACACCCACUUCAUCAACCUCCUAUCCGUAUCACGCCAGGUCUACUCUGCAAACGUUGCUGAGCUAUACGAGACGGUCCAGCUUGAGGACUCCAACUAUAUUCGGUUCUAUGGUAACUAUAUUCGGUUCUAUGGUGAUUGGAUAUCGGCUAUUGAUGGGGUCGUGUAUGAAGAGGUGGAGAGGGACAUUAUCGCCACGAUGGGGCGGAACAGAAAGAUCCUCAAGGAUAGACAUCUCAGAGCUCGAGAGGGAGGUCAAGGUAGCGAACAAGUCGACGACGAGCCGCUCGAGCCCGUCUUCUUCUGCGACCCCAACGAAAACCUCGAGGUCUUCCGCGAGCGGGUCAAUGCGAUCCCUCUUGAAGACCUGGGUCUGCGCGAAGGCGGUAUGGCUGCCUGGCAGAAACGCUCCGAUAUACUUUUCUCCCGCCAACCGUCCGAAGGCCUUUUGCUCCCUUACCAAUACCUCUCCGCCGAGUGGGACGCAAAGACAUGCUUCCAAGUCUUCUCCCACCUCCUCUCCGACAAGGAUCAGUACGCCGCCCCCACUCAGAUCCCUUUCGACAUCCACCCAACAGCCCGCAAAGCGCUGCUCUUGCAGUCUUGCCGCCACCUCAUCGUCAACUCGGCCAUGGCGAUCAGAAGGACGAUCAAAGCCAAACAGAGGUUCCUCCGCGAGGCUUUUGAAGUGACGUGCAAGCGCCUGCCACGGCGGUUCUGUAACGGCUACCUCGCUGUCGAAUGGCACUCUCCAAACACAUCCAAACGUUUCUUCCCUGCUCUGCAGAGUCUCGGAGUAGGCCAGCAUGUCAUCGAGGGUCUUUAUCUCUCUGAGGACGACUGGCCGCAAGUCGUGGGUAUGAUGACAUUUGCAGCAGAAGAACUUGUGCUUUUGGAUGUCGAGCUACCGAAUCAGGAAGGGUUUGAGAGUCAACAAGACGAUAAUGUCCCUAUGCUCUAUUUCGAAGCUUGCCGGCGGUGCAAGCUUAGGCUCGCGAAUGUCUAUCUCCCUUCUUUUUCUCACAUGAUAAUCACGGGGAAAAUGUCGUUGUUAGUGCUCAGGAUAGAAGAUAGAAGGGGGAACAUUGCCUCCUGGGGAAGAGCACGCAGAUUGGAUAUUGGGGUGGUUGAAUGGAUGUUUAGUGAAGAGUAUUUUCUUGCCGACGGUUUCGGCGCUCAAACAUGUCCCAAGUCUCCCAAGUCGACCGGCACUAUUGUCGAUAGCGAAGCAAUCACCCUUCAGAUACAGAACCUUUCCAAGGCUUUCAAGGCUUUCGGGCAAGACAGCUCGACCGCGGAAAGGUACAGUGAAUGGAAGAAGGGAGGAGGACGUCUAUGGAUUGAGUCUUGA